AUGCGGGCCCUGCGAUUCAAUCAAGACGCCACAUGCUGCUCUGUGUCGAUGGUACCGGGAUCCCUAUGCAUUUACAACUGCGACCCUUUCGGUAAAUGCUUUGAGCUUGAAAAUGGCAGUAGGAGUAGCAGCAGGGAUGAACUGGCUAGUUUGCAGACUGGCCACGAAUACGAAUUCAUUGUGGAGAUGUUGUUCUCCACCAGUCUCAUUGUAGUGGUGGAUAAAAGCCAAGGACGACAGAAGAGCCGAAAACUGAAAAUCGUUAAUACCAAGCGGAAAUCAACAAUAUGCGAACUAACCUUUUCACAUGAAAUUGAAAAUGUUGUUAUGAACCGCAAGCGUAUGUGUGUUCUGUUGGCAAGUGAUCAAAUUUUUAUCUACGACAUUUCAUGCAUGAAGCUCCUGCAAACCAUCGAUGUGCUUGCAAGCAAUUUGGAUUUGCGAAAUCCAACGGAAAGAUCGUCAGGCACAAACCUGUCAGAGCCUAAGUCUAAUGUACAAAUGGCUUUGAGUAGCGACAAUAGUAGCAUUCUCUGCUACAGCACUUUUUCGCAGACAUCGAAAGAGAGCGGAAUUUUCAACGAUAUUGUGGUAUUUGAUGCUCUCAACAUCACACCCGUCAACUAUCUGAAUUCCGUACACAAGAGCAGUGUAAGCUGCUUGGCAAUUUCACAUAACGGCAGACUGGUAGCGUCAGCAUCUGAACGAGGAACUAUCGUAAGAGUCUUCCAAACAGGCGCGGAAUCUGAGUUUGAUACCAACGACCAACUUUUCCGUGAGUUUCGACGCGGUACGCGACCCACUACCAUUCAUGAGAUGAAGUUCAACCCUGAAGCCACUUUAUUGGCAUGCGUAGGUGACACUGAUACGGUACAUAUUUUCAAGCUUACAUUAGGCACAGAGCUUGACAAUUCAAUAGGCUAUGAGGGCCGAGAUCCAUGGGUAGAGUCACGUUUGUCAAAAGACCAUCCAAGACAGCUGGCGAGUUUCUUAUCCAGGCAAGUCAUCUCUCGGAUUCCAAGCCAAACAGUCGCCCGAGAUUUCGCAUAUAUGAAAGUUCCUGUUGAUGUCGGGCACUGCAUUGGUUUUCCAGAAGAGUUUCCAAAUCAGGUGUACUUAGCUGGGGACGACGGCGUUUUACAGAUCUACGAAUUGCCGACAAAGCAUGGGGAAUGCAUAUUGCUCAAGAAUAGUAAAUUUUAA